UAAUUGCUAAGGAGAUGGUGAAAAAGAGCGCAAAUCUACCAUUGAUCUGCAGUAGCGAAGGAAGGACACCACUUCACAUAGCAGCUUUGCUGGGACGUAGAGACAUGGUGUCGUAUCUAUUCUCUGUGACUCUAAAAGAUUUGACUGUUGAUGAACGCAUGGAGAUCCUUGUUGCUACUAUUACCUAUAAUAUGUAUGAUAUAGCACUAAAAAUUCUGGACAAGGAUGAAACUUUGGAAACUGCGAACAAGCGAACCUUAGCAUUGCGUGAGUUGGCCAGAAAACCUUUUGCAAUUGGCAGCACAAGUCAUCUAUCACUCUGGAAAAGAUGCUUAAACUCUUGUUAGUUUGACUCCAACCCAAAUUUCCUUAUUUGCAUAAAUGUUAUGUUAACCAAGU